GUCGUCGGAUGUCGCAACACAUCGCUGUCAAAACUCGGGAGUCGGGAGUGGAGAGCUCAGAGCUUAGAAGUGAAGCUGGGUAGAUGUCAUUGUGGCUGAAGCAUCAAUCAAUGGGAGACGAAAAGGAUGCAUUUUAUGUCGUCCGUAAGGGCAACGUUAUUGGUAUCUACAAAAGCUUAAGUGAUCUCCAAGCCCUAAUUCGCUCUUCUGUUGGUGAACCUUCUAUAAGUGUAUAUAAAGGGUAUCACUUGGCUAAAGAAUCUGAAGAAUAUCUUACUUCUCAUGGGCUUAAGAAUGCAAUGUACUCCGUUGACAGCACUGAUGUUCGAGAUGAUCUCUUUGGCUUACUUGUACCCUGUCCUUUCCGGCAACCUGGUUCUUCCAAAGAUAAACCACUCAGCAAGGACUUUCAGGAGAAACGGGCACAGGAAAUGGCUGGAUCUCCUUUGUAUUCAACAGCUACUCAGCAAAAACCAGGAAAAUUAGAUAAUUUCCUUGAAGUCCCUCCAAUUUCUUCUUACUGUAGUUCCUGUAUUCUUGAGUUCGAUGGUGCUUCAAAGGGAAAUCCUGGACUUGCUGGUGCUGGGGCUGUGCUGCGUGCUGCAGAUGGAAGUAUGGUUUUCCGGUUGCGUGAAGGCGUGGGUGUUGCAACCAACAACGUUGCUGAAUACAGGGGUUUGAUCUUGGGAUUGAAGUAUGCUCUUGAGAAAGGGUUUAAACACAUACGAGCCCAAGGAGAUUCAAAGCUUGUCUGCAUGCAGACUCAAGGAAUCUGGAGAACCAAGAACCAGAACAUGGCCGAGCUGUCAAAGGUGGUCAGAGAAUACAAGGACCAAUUCACAUCUUUCCAGAUUAACCAUGUUGAAAGAGAAUACAACUCCGAAGCUGAUGCCCAGGCAAAUUUAGCUGUGUAUCUAAAAAAUGGGGAGUUUCAAGUGGACUGUGGCAUGAAGUAGCUGAAAGCAUAACCCUCAAACGAUGUCACGAUUUACGGAUUUGACUUGAGAAGUCUAGCAAUGUUGGACGUGACAUCCAAUACAUGAAAUGUAGAUAUACGAUGGUGUGUGUAUUAGGAUGCUUGUCUAUUUAUGCAAAAUUCCUUUUAAGCUCCA